AUGCCUGUCAGCAUGCAAGCAGCCGAGAAGAGUUCAUGGACAUGUGGCGAGAGCAGUGUUGGUUCUGGAGGUGUUGGACCAGAGCAGUGUUGGUUCUGGAGGUGUUGGACCAGAGCAGUGUUGGUUCUGGAUGUGUUGGACCAGAGCAGUGUUGGUUCUGGAGGUGUUGGACCAGAGCAGUGUUGGUUCUGGAUGUGUUGGACCAGAGCAGUGUUGGUUCUGGAGGUGUUGGACCAGAGCAGUGUUGGUUCUGGAGGUGUUGGACCAGAGCAGUGUUGGUUCUGGAGGUGUUGGACCAGAGCAGUGUUGGUUCUGGAGGUGUUGGACCAGAGCAGUGUUGGUUCUGGAUGUGUUGGACCAGAGCAGUGUUAA